GUGAAAAUAAGGGUUUUAAAGACUAUUUGUGUGGCUUUGAUUUUAUUAACAUAGCAUUUUUAAGAAAUGUUGCUUUUUCUGGUCAUUUGAAAAAAUAAGAUAGUGACAUUCUGUGUUCUUAACUAGGAUAAUUGAUAAUAAGAAAAACAUAUACUUUAGUUCUGUGUUUGAAACUAGUAUUAGUUACUGAGUUUAUAGUCAAGACUUUACGUUGUGCUGUGGGGAGAAACAUAUGGUUAAGAACUACCAGCAGUCUUUUCUGUUCAGUAGUUGCUGUCUCUAAAAAGUGUGUUGUAUUUAAACUGAGUUUAUGUUAAGAAAGGGUAGGUGCUUUUUGUCCUCUAUAAAAACAAAAACCUUUAGCAGUACCUGUGUUUGAGAUGCCGUCACCGUUACCUGUACCUCAGACAAGUCUAACUUCUCCUAAUCCUGGACUUUUACCACCUCCGUUUUAUGUUUCUCAAACAACAAAAGAGAGGAUUAAAUGGAAAGGAAAACCCAAAAGAAACAAAAUAAAUAAAGAUGACAUUAGUUAUCCAAGCAACUUCAAGCACUUGGGCCAUGUGGGAUGGAAUCCACUAACUGGAUUUGCUACUAUCUUGGAUUCAGAUCUGAAGAAGCUAUUUAUUCAGGCUGGUGUAACAGAGGAUCAUCUAAAACACAAGAGAACCUCUGAAAAGAUCUUUAAAACAAUUGAGAGGAAAGGAGGAAUAGAAGCUGUACGGAAAGAGGUCCAGAUAAGAGCCACAUCUUCAAGAUCCAGUUCUCAUCCUCUGCUUCAUUCUACGUCCUCUUCAGAGCAAAGUCCAACCAUAACUCCUAGUAUUGAACUAAACUCCCCAGUUUUAAGAGCAGAUGAUGGACUCAAAGCAAUUCUAGCACCUCCCUCUACAUCAAAAGUGCUGUUACUUCCAUGGAAUGUCCCUUCAGUUGUCAUUGCACCAGCACCUCCAAUGCCACCUCUUUUGUCUUCUUCUACAAGGGCAUCACCAAUGGGUCUACAUAAACCGACUCUCAGUCUGAGAGGACCACAGCUGCAUAAAAUAAAGACUGAAAAGACCCCAAGUACUUUGCAUCAAAAUGAUUUAAUGGGUCAGAUCAGAAAGGGAAUCCAGCUGAAAUCGGUGACUCUAAGUCCAACAUCACCACAGUCACCCAACGAUGGAGAAAUAGUAGCUGCUCUUAAGGAUGUUAUUCAGAAGAGGUAUAAGGCCCUUUACUCUUCAGAUGAGGAGACUGGGUCAGAGAACGAAGAAGAAUGGAAAAACUAAAAGAUUUUAUUUUUCCUUGAGGUAUAAGAAAAUUACAAGCAAACUUGGGUACUCCCCUCUUUCUCCUCCUCCCCCCAUAGGAAAAACUUGAACUCUCCAGUUGCUUUACUGUAAAUACCACCUAUUUUAAAAUCUCCAAAAUGUAGAUGGAUUUUAAACCACCAACUUUCAAAUGUAUUG